AUGGAGGCCAUCCUCCGUGAGCACCCUCACCUCUCCUCUUCCUCACCUCCCAGCUCUCAGUUGCCUUCCUCCACUAUCUCCCAUGGAGACCAUCACCAGGCUGGCCCCUCCAGUAGGCUGACAGGAGCACUGGGCUGCAUGGCCCCAAGCAAACAGACACCCCACUUCAGCUUGCACACACAGUCCCCCUUGUUGGCCAGUAUGCAACUACAGAAGCUUAAUAGCCAGUACCAGGGGGUGCCUGGCACAGAACCUCCAGAGGAGGAAACACCCAUGCCAACCUGGCCUGUGGAAGGUAGUCAGCCUGAGGAGUCCCAGACUGCCUCUACUGAGGCCAACAACUCCAACCUCCUUGAUUCUGACCCCAUAGAUGAGGAGGUACUUAUGUCCCUGGUGGUGGAGCUGGGGUUGGACCAAGCUGGUGAGCUGCCUGAGCUCUGGCUGGGCCAGGAUGAGUUUGACUUCACAACAGACCUGCCCUCCAGCUAA